ACUAAAAGAAAAAGAAGAUAACGCAGUUUGGUUCGUGAAUAUGGGGGGAUCGACCAUGAACGGGUCGGAGGUAGGGGCGGGUGGGUCAAGGCCGGUGGCUAUGGCCAAGACGUCGAACCUGAACCCGAGCGCACCCGAAUGGAGACCCAAUGGCUACGACGACAACGAGGACCUUCGUUCUCUCUUCGUCACUUUCUCCAAUGGUUAUCCCCUCAACGAAGGCCAGAUCUCGACUUUCUUCACUAGGAAAUACGGGGCGUGUGUGGAGAGGGUGUACGUGCACAGGACGAGGACGGUGGAAGGGGGAAGACGCAAGAAGCCGCCUCUGUUCGGGAAAGUGACCUUCAAAUGGCCGUUCAUGGUGCAAAUGGUGAUGAGUGGUGAGGACAAGGUCUGCUUCCGCAUCGACGGUCGUCCUCUCUGGUGCAAAUCCUUCGACCCCUCCCGCCUCCACCACUCCUCCUCCUCCCCCUCCUCCGGGGAACUUCACGGCGGCUCUUCUGAUAUCUCCCCCGCCGCCGCCGAGGAGUAGCCGUUCUGGUCGGGAUCCUCUGUUCAUGUCGGAACCCGACGGAUCUUUGCUCUUUGGAUGUUUGGGGUGGUUGUUGUCUUUGGUGUAUUUCUGUCUUUUGUUGGGACUUGUUCGGCAUUUGAUAUGGGCCCAUCUAAUUGGUGGAUUUGUGGAUUCUUUGUUUGUAGAAUUGGAGAGCCCA